UACAGAGGCUCCAUUAAUUCCCUCUUAAUUAUUUCACUUGUAAUUAAACUUUGUUGAUUUGAUUAAAUUUUAUAGUUUGGUUAAAGUAAUAAUAAUUAUAAGAAAUGGCAGAAACAACAAUUACUGGUGGAAUGGAUCAGAGAAAUUCAGCAUUAACAACAGAGGCAACUCUUGCCCCAAUCACUAUACAACACAAAGUUAGAACUGACUUGGAAACUUCUAUUCCAAAACCCUAUAUGGCUAGGGGUUUGGUUGCACCAGACAUGGAUCACCCCAAUGGAACUUCUGGCCACAGUCACAAUGGCAUGAGCGUUCUUCAACAGCAUGCAGCUUUCUUCGAUCAGGACGAUAAUGGCAUUGUUUAUCCAUGGGAAACAUACUCUGGGCUUCGUCAAAUUGGCUUCAACGUGAUCGUGUCAUUCAUCGUAGCUAUUAUGAUCAAUUCUGUCUUGAGCUAUCCUACUAUCCCGGGGUGGUUUCCUUCUCCGUUACUUCCAAUCUACAUUCAUAAUAUACACAAGGGCAAACAUGGAAGUGAUUCCGGGACCUAUGAUAGAGAAGGCAGGCAAGUAAAUAUACGUAUGAAUCGUUUUGAACUCCUCGUGUUACAACCUUUCUGAGUAUCAUGAGUUAAUAGUGUGUGGAUUGAUUGUUCCUUUAGGUUUUUGCCAGUGCAUUUUGAGAACAUUUUUAGCAAGUAUGCUCGAACUGUGCCUGAUAAGCUUAGUUUUGGAGAAUUGUGGAAUAUGACUCAAGCCAAUAGAGAUACAUACGAUUUUCUUGGCUGGAUUGCUUCAAAAUUGGAAUGGGGACUUUUGUAUUUACUUGCUCGAGACGAAGAUGGAUUCUUAUCGAAAGAGGCUAUAAGGCGAUGCUUCGAUGGGAGUUUGUUCGAUUAUUGCAAGGCACAAAUGGGAG